AUGGGCUUCCCCUCGGCCUGCUUCUCCCUCCUCCGCCCGAAUUCUAUCUUCGAGAGGCUCCUGCAGAUAAAGCUCUUCCUCUCCGCCGCCCUCCUCGCGCCUCCCACGGCAGCGCCGCCCGCCGACGACGACUACAUCUACCGGCUUUCCUCGGCAGACCUCCCCUCGCUCCUCCCCGCCGCGGCGGCCCUGGCGGCCAUCAGGCGGCACCUCCGCCCGGCGCGUCCCCCCGUUCCGGCCGCCGCUGGCCGUCGCUGCGCGGAGGAGGAGGAGGAAGAAGAAGAAGAAGAGGAAGAAGAAGAAGAGGAACCGCUGUGCGCCGUGUGUCUAUGCGGCAUGGGCAGGAGGAAGGAGGUGGCGGAGCUGGGCAGCUGCCGGCACGCGUUUCACCGGCGGUGCAUCGACGGCUGGGCGGAUGAGGGGUGGCGCACGUGCCCUCUCUGCCGAUCGAGGAUGCCGCUGGUGGGGGAGGUCUCCGUCUUCUCCGCCACGUCUGACCAGGAGCCGCCGCCCGGCGACCGCCGUUGA